AUGGAAGAGCAAAGCUCUGUUAAAGAAGAAGAAACUUCUGCAAUAGAGGAAAUCAGCAGCUUAACUGAAAAUACAACCAUAACCUCAAAUAAAGAAAAGGAUAAUACGUUGGUAACAACACCUGAUCCACCAUCACGGGAUACACCUGAACUUUCGUCACAAGCUACUGAAUUACCAAUACGAAGUACACGAAAUACAUUAAUUGAGCUCGACCAAAAUAUUCAUAUUAGCCAAAAUGUAAUGCAAAUUAGUCAAAAUGAUAAAAGAGAGAAUCAAAAACAACAAAAAAAUAAAGAGCUAGAAAAAUUACUUACUAGCAAUACAUUUAAUAAUUGCACAUUUAAUUUCGGAUGA